AUGUGGCAGGGGGCGGCGGGCGGCGGGCGCCCCGGCGAGCCGCCCGAGCAGUCGCCGCGGGGCCGCGGCGCCCUGGCCGAGCUGCGGCGCCGGGCGCAGGCCGAGCCCGGGCAGCGCUGGCCGCAGCCCCUCGCCGACUCCUUCCUGCUGCGGUUCCUGCGAGCCCGAGAUUUCGACCUGGAGCCCGCCUGGCGGUUAUUGAAGAAUUACCAGAAGUGGAGAAUUGAAUGCCCAGAAAUAAGUGCAGAUUUACGACCAUCUUCCAUUCUUGGUCUUUUGCGAGCUGGCUACCAUGGAGUCUUGAGAUCAAGGGACCCAUAUGGAAGCAAAGUUCUAAUAUACAGAAUUGGACGAUGGGAUCCCAAGUUGUUUACAGCAUACGAUGUGUUUCGAGUAAGUCUUAUCACAUCUGAACUCAUUGUAAAGGAGAUCGAGACUCAGCGAAACGGAGUCAAGGCCAUUUUUGAUCUGCAAGGAUGGCGAUUUGCUCAUGCAUUUCAAAUCAGUCCAGCAGUGGCCAAGAAAAUUGCUGCCGUGCUCACAGAUUCCUUUCCACUGAAAGUUCGAGGUAUCCACUUGAUUAAUGAGCCUUUAUUCUUCCACCCAGUCUUCGCUCUAAUUAAGCCUUUUCUCACUGAAAAAAUAAAAGAACGGGUGUAUAUGCAUGGAAAUAACUAUAUGCAGAGUCUGACUGAACACUUCCCUGUUAGCAUUCUUCCACAAGAAUAUGGCGGAGAGGAAGUCUCCAUUGACGUGCUUGCUGAGGAAUGGACUAACUUCAUAAUGGCAUCCGCAGAUUAUCUUCAGAAUAUUUCUCUGGUUGCCCAGUAGUAACCCUACUACAAUAUUAUAUAAAUUCCUGGUGACUGGAAGUGGAAAAAGUUUAAUCUGAAAUAAUACACAUAAACUUGAAAUUAUUGUAAAUAAAACCAGUAAGUCUUUGCAGGGUCCAGAGUAUCAUAUUAACUGCACUUUUAUACUAACUAGCGUAUAUAAGUAUGUACAUCGGAAGGGAUUAAUGAAUUCUGUAUGUUUGCAGUACUGUUUGUGAUUGAUUAACUUGUGUGCCAAAAAUAGGCCUAUGUGCUGGAUAUCAGAAAUUGAUAUUGCUCCUGUUAAGUCUUUGGACACUACGAACCUGUAAUAAUACAAUACAGAAUCUUAUGCUUAUCUCUUGUAUCUUGGCUUGUGAAGAUGAUAGGAGUCAAAGCCUUUUUUGGAUUUAAGAGAAAUGCAGAAUGUGAAUGGGGUAGAUCAGUUUGUUGGGGAAGUAUUAUUACAGGCAUAAUUGCACAAGGAGUGAAAAGCAGCUGCUUUUUGGACUAAUUCUCAGGGAAAUGGCUGUUCUGUUAGUUUACACUGCUGAGAUUGCACUGUCAAAUUGAAGAUUAGUCAGCAAUAGUGAGACAUUUCUGUUUCUUUGUGCUGCUAAGUACAAAACGGGAAGCUUUAUUAAUUGACACAAUUUGCCAAUUUUAUAGAGGAAGAUAGAGAAAAUGCAAUGUACACAUUCUUUAAAAGACAGUAUGAAUCAAGAGGAACAUAAAUUCUGACUUUGUUUCUUUAAAGAGUUGCUCUAUAUGGAAAAGCUAUAAGCAACUUAGAUUAUGAACAUCUUUAAUUGCUAUUGUGGAGCUCUAUAGAGGUCAAGAGAGCUGUUUGCAGUAUCAGAUUGUGUGUUUCAGAGGCUGAAGUAGAUUAUCAUUUGUGGACCUGAACUUUAGAAAUGGGUUGUGUAGUUUAAUGAUGCUUUGUAGGUCACUUCAGAGCUCAGCCUAGGAGAUGGUGAAUAUCUUCAUUUUAUUUUCAGAAAGGUAAUUGGCAGCUUGCCAACCUGUUGGGCAUCUUCUGUUGGGCACUGGAAGAAUUGGUUUUUCUUUUUUUGCAGAGCCAUCUCCUCUCUUUCUGCAAGGGCAAUAGAGAAAAAAAAUCUGUCUAUACUUACUGAAAACAGAUUUUUUCCCAAAGGGCACAACUGAGAUACAAACACAGUAUGUGGGAAAACUGUCAUUCACAUUACAUAGCAAUAUCAUCUUACAUUCCUCAAGAUUUAAUAAUCUAAAAGGUGAAUUUACUUUCCACUCAGCUUUCUUUUAAAAUUUGUUAGU